GCUUACAACCAAGAAAACCCCGUCAAAGUGAUACACCUGCUUACAACUUCAGUCCUCCCCUGAAACCAAGAGAUGGCCUCCAUCACUGCUUAUACUACAACCUCUUCAGUGGUGUGUGCCGCUCUCAUGCCUAAGGCAUCCAUUGUUCGUCCUGAUUCUGCACUUGGUAAGGCAGACUUCAAGUUUCCUCCCAGAAUAAAUAAGAGGAACUUGCAAGGUAUGGGAAGCAGAGUAUGUUGUUUUCUAGGAGUUUCUCCUCCAAGCAUAGACCUCCAACCACUUAUGUCAGAUAAUCCUUUCUGUGGACAGAAGGUCAUUAAUACCAUCAGCAGCAAGAAUGCAGAGAUGCAAAAUGCCACAGAAGCAUUGACCAAAAGUUUGGUAAUAAUAGAUUUAGACCCCGCUACAGCAAAAGUGGCAAUUGCAAUUCUCGGGCCAUUCCUCUCAGCUUUUUCUUUUUUGUUCAUCCUGAGAAUAAUCAUGUCCUGGUACCCGAAGCUGCCUGUUGAAAAGUUUCCGUACUUCAUAGCAUAUGCGCCCACCGAGCCACUUCUCAUUCCGACGCGCAGGUUGAUUCCACCCCUAGGUGGAGUUGAUGUAACACCUGUAGUCUGGUUCGGGUUGAUCAGCUUCCUUAAUGAAAUAUUAGUAGGUCCACAAGGGCUUCUCGUCCUCUUAUCUCAACAGAUUAGCUGACAAGCAUGCUGCAGGGGUGUCCGGCUCAAUCCUUACGGGGUCCGACUAAUCCCCUGCGGCCCGGGAGAGACCGAGCACGUUAACAACGGGACUCGAACCCUGAAUAAAUCAGGAAGGUCGCCAUACCCUAAGUAGGGGGAGCGGACCGCUCGAGCUAUUCCGUGGGGACAGAAGACCAGCCACGUAAGGUGGCAAGUUUGUGGGAGGCAGAGGUUGAACCCCUGACCUCCAGCAUCACUAAAGAGAGUGAUGAUCACUGGACCAAAUGGCCAGUGGCAUGCAUGGUAUCUAGUUGGUUGACAAAAUUUAUACGUGGGCUUGGGUUGAAAUUCCUGCGUGGAUGUUUGAUUCCAAGGUCCAAUCUUUGUAUUUUUGACUUGGUACGCAUUGCUCUUUGUGCUUUUUAUCCAUGGAAUAACGAUUUCCUUUUUAAAUUGUUUAAGGGGGAUAAUUUCAUAG